CUUCCCCUCUUUUCAGCUAUAGUAAUCGUUUGGUUGUGUGUAUGAAAGAGAUGGAAGCUUGUUUUAGUAAUAUUCUUUCUUCUUCCUUCGCUAUAGUAGCUCUUCUCACUCUCCUACACCUCACCUCCCUCACGAAGACGUGCUCAGCAGCAAGAGCCCUUCACCACACCAACACAAACACUCAAUUCAUCCGAACUUCGUGUGUCGCUACCACAUACCCACGUGUGUGCUACAACUCGCUCUCCGCCUACGCCACCGACAUCCAAACGAGCCCCAAGCAAUUGGCCCACACAGCUUUGUCCGUGACCCUAACUGGGGCCCAGUCAACCUCGGCCAUGAUGUCAAAACUAUCGGCCAGGCACGGUUUAAGGCCUGGAGAGGUGGGCGCCAUGAGGGACUGCAUAGAGAACAUGGGAGACUCCAUAGACGAGCUUAGGCAAUCACUGGAGGAGAUGGACCACCUUAGUGGGCCCCACUUCGAUUUUCAAAUGAGCAACAUACAAACGUGGGUGAGCGCCGCACUGACGGACGAGGAUACGUGCAUGGACGGAUUCGAUGGCGAUGCGAUGAACGGAAAGGUUAAGAACAUUGUGAGGGGCCAGAUAGUGAAGAUGGCCCAGCUGACUAGCAAUGCGUUAGCCCUCGUCAACAACCUUGCCUCCACUCAAUCAAAAUCACCCUAGGAAGUUCUAGCAUGGUUGAUCCAUCCAUUUCUACCUAGUGUGUAGCCCUAGGCCAGAAGAUGUGCUAUUUGUAUAUUGGCAUCUGCUACAUUUCAUAUAUGGGGGGGAAGAUUGUGUGCACAUCAAUCUCCCAGGGUCCAAAGAUGAUGGAUGGGCGGGAAUCCCAACACUCAUUUCAGGAAUGGGGUUUCCAAAUUUCCAUUCUGAAAAUAAUGUUGGAUUCCUGGACGCCGUCUUUCUUUCAAUGGUGGAAGAUAUGUCUGCAGUGAUUGUCAGCGUACAAACUGUGUGAACCGAAGUUGGGCACAUGGUUGAGUUGUGUGUUGUGACAAUAUGUAGAAAGAAAUUAAAAUAGGGAAAAUCCUAUGUUAGGUGUA